AGGGAGAGUCGGGUAGCAGCAUCCUCCCAGGCGCCGCUUUCGCGCGGCGGUGGCAGCGGCUGCGGCGGGGGCUUUCUCAGUCCGGAUUUCUCGUUGGCCCGAAGAGGCUGGUGCCGGGGGGCGGGGCGGGCAAGGGAGCUGCGGACCCCAGCUCUUUUGCCUAGAGCUGUGUGUAGGUGAUUUCUGGGCCAGUCGGAGGCUGCGGAGCGGCGGGGGCGCCGGCAAUGCCCGCUCGGGCAUCCUCUGGGUGAUGGAAGAAGCAGCUGCUGCCGCCGCCGCUGCAGGGUCGCACUGCGCCCCAUCUACAGCCUUCCGAGAGAUGGGAAGAUUCGGGGAGCAGAGGCCGAGAGCGAGAGAGGAGGAGCCGCUUUGCCUGGAGCUGGGUCCGGUUUAAGCCCCCUCCCCCAACUUCCCCCGGCCAGCUUCACCCCCCCGCCCCGAGCGAGGAAGGAAGCUACUGUCCCGAGAGGGCGGCGGAGACGCCGCUGGAACCGGUCGCAGUGGGCUUAGCGGAGGGCAGAGCAGGGCUCCAGGCCCGGUGAAAGUUUCCCUUCCCCAACCUCAGGGCGCCUGCUGCCAGGAAACUCUGCCCAGGGCUUGGGCUGCGGAUUCCCGCGACCCCCUCGGAGGCAGGGGACCCCGAGCGGAAAACAGCGCUCGAGAAAUCGAGGAACGAGUGACAGCAGGACAGACAGCGGGGCCGUGAUCCCGGGCCGCUCCGGGGCGCGCCUGCGGCUCCAGGUCUUUCUCGGAGCCGCUGCCAUGGGAGAACCAGCCCUAGGCGCCGGGGACCAGCCGCCGCUGCUGCCGUGCCCACCUCGGAGCCGCGGCCCAAGUCCCCGCGUCCGAAGCCGGGCCGCUGCGUCCCCCUCCCGGGUUGCAGGGCCGCCUCCGCCGCGCUGCCGGCCCGGGCUGUGCCUGUGAUGAGCCGCAGCCCGCCGCGAGCGCUUCCCGCGGGCGCGCCCCCCCGGUUGCUCCCGGCCGCGCCUGCCGCCGGGCCGCGCGCCCUGCUCCCACCGUGGCCCCGGCGCCCCGGUCGCCGCUGGCCCGCGUCCCCGCUCGGAAUGAAGGUGUUCCGCAGGAAGGCACUGGUGCUGUGCGCGGGCUACGCGCUGCUACUGGUGCUCACCAUGCUCAACCUCCUGGACUACAAGUGGCACAAGGAGCCGUUGCAGCAGUGCAACCCCGACGGGCCGCUGGGUGCUGCGGCGGCAGGAGGUGCUGGGGGCGGCUGGGGGCGCCCGGGGCCUCCUCCGGCAGUGCCGCCUCGCGCGCACACCCGCUUGGACCCCCGUACCCCUUAUCGCCCUCCCGUUGCAGCCGUCGGGGCGGCUCCGGCAGCCGGGGCGGGGGCUCCGGGGGCCGCAGCCUCUUCGGGUAAUGGUACUCGGAGCAGCACCGGGGGCGGCGGCGGGGACAAGAGACAGUUGGUGUACGUGUUCACCACGUGGCGCUCAGGCUCGUCCUUCUUCGGCGAGCUUUUCAACCAGAACCCCGAGGUAUUCUUCCUUUAUGAACCAGUGUGGCACGUGUGGCAAAAACUGUAUCCAGGGGACGCCGUUUCCCUGCAAGGGGCGGCACGGGACAUGCUGAGCGCUCUCUAUCGCUGCGACCUCUCGGUCUUCCAGCUGUACAGUCCCGCUGGCAGCGGGGGGCGCAACCUCACCACUCUGGGCAUUUUUGGAGCAGCCACCAACAAGGUAGUGUGCUCUUCGCCGCUUUGCCCCGCCUACCGCAAGGAGGUCGUGGGACUGGUGGACGAUCGCGUGUGCAAGAAGUGCCCACCGCAGCGCCUGGCGCGCUUCGAAGAGGAGUGCCGAAAGUACCGCACGCUGGUCAUCAAGGGCGUGCGCGUUUUUGAUGUGGCCGUGUUGGCGCCACUGCUGCGCGACCCCACCCUGGACCUCAAGGUCAUCCACCUGGUGCGUGAUCCCCGGGCUGUUGCCAGUUCACGGAUCCGUUCGCGCCAUGGACUCAUCCGUGAAAGCCUGCAGGUGGUGCGCAGCCGGGACCCGCGAGCCCACCGCAUGCCCUUCUUAGAAGCCGCUGGCCACAAGCUGGGCGCCAAGAAGGAGGGCAUAGGAGGGCCAGCCGACUACCACGCCCUUGGCGCCAUGGAGGUCAUCUGCAACAGCAUGGCCAAGACGCUGCAGACUGCCCUACAGCCUCCUGACUGGCUGCAAGGCCACUACCUGGUGGUGCGGUACGAGGACCUGGUGGGAGACCCCGUCAAGACCCUAAAGAGGGUGUACGACUUUGUGGGGUUGCUGGUGAGUCCUGAAAUGGAGCAGUUUGCCCUCAACAUGACCAGUGGCUCGGGCUCCUCCUCCAAGCCUUUCGUGGUGUCCGCACGCAACGCCACGCAGGCCGCCAACGCCUGGCGGACCGCCCUCACCUUCCAGCAGAUCAAACAGGUGGAGGAGUUUUGCUACCAGCCCAUGGCCGUGCUGGGGUACGAGCGGGUCAAUAGCCCUGAGGAGGUCAAAGACCUCAGCAAGACCCUGCUCCGGAAACCCCGGCUCUGAGCGUGGUUCCUGGGAGACCUGACUUCCCGUAGAGACACCCACAGGAGGAUUGUGGUGUGUUUCAACAAAAACAGACCAGAUCCAAACUGAGGAAGCCCACAUACUCUAUUAUAGAUACAUAAUAUAAAUAACCACACAGGCACUUGCUGUCAAUGUUUUGAAUCAUUGAAUUCAAGGAACAGCCACAAUACACAUCUCAGAAAAGGCAAGACUUGAAAGUUCUGACCAGCUGCCCCUAUUUUUCUCUCCUCUCUUCUCUCCUCUGCUUUUUCUCCUUUGCCUUUUCUCCCAUUGCCUCCCCUCUCCUCUACCUGACUUCCAUUUGGAAGUGAGAUGUUGAUUAAAUCAAGAUCCAGUAACCCAAAUCUUGUUUACAAAAUUUUCGUGGUAUCUGUGAACAUGUGAAAGAAUCCUUUGGAUGUUGGGGGGGUGGGGUGGGGUGGAGAAAGGGGAAAGUGGUCCAGGAGCUAAAAGCCCCACUGGGCAUGCUAAAUCAUGGAGGCAUUCUUCUAAAGUAGGCUUUUGUGUAAAAAGCAAAGGUUAUAUGUGAGUAUUAAUAAAGAUAAUAAAUAAUAUUCUUUUUUA